CGGCUCUCGAUGCUCGCUCCGCAGAGGAACCCGCUGCCGGCCGUUGUCUAGCCGCUUUAGCGUUGUAUUAUUCUCUGUAUGAACUCCCGACAACCUCUGUUGCGGCUCAAUUCGGCCAGAAAACGUGUUUUGGCCCGCCGACCGCAUUGCUCCUUUUCGCCGCCUGUCCCGACGGUGACGUUCGUCACACUGGCUAAUCACCACCGACCCUCCGCGCCUGCCAGCCCCACCAAGCCCGCUUGCGUCAACAAAAUCCAUUCUCGAACACAGCUGCUGGCAGGACACUUACACUCCACACCACCGUCGACCGCAAUGGCUUCUCUACCCGUUUCCGAGAAAGGCUUCCACUCCAAGGCCCCGAGCCAGUACACUGCGAGGAAGAUUGGGGCGCCCAACACUCUCGAGCACCGCAUCUACAUCGAGAAGGAUGGCGUGCCUCUGUCGCCCUUCCACGACAUCCCUCUAUAUGCCAAUGAGCAGCAGACCAUCCUCAACAUGGUUGUCGAAGUGCCGCGCUGGACCAAUGCGAAGAUGGAGAUCUCCAAGGAGGAGACACUUAAUCCCAUCAAGCAGGACACCAAGAAGGGCAAGCUCCGCUACGUGAGGAACUGCUUCCCGCACAAGGGCUACCUUUGGAACUACGGCGCCUUCCCUCAGACUUGGGAAGACCCCAAUGUCGUCCACCCGGAGACCAAGGCCAAGGGCGACAACGACCCAUUGGACGUCUGCGAGAUUGGCGAGCUGGUGGCCAAGCCCGGUGAGGUCAUCCAGGUCAAGGUCCUCGGCGUCAUGGCCCUGCUUGAUGAGGAGGAGACUGACUGGAAGAUCAUGGUCAUCAACGUGAACGAUCCCUUGGCGCCCAAGCUCAAUGACAUCGAGGAUGUCGAGCGUCACCUGCCAGGUCUGCUGAGGGCUACCAACGAGUGGUUCCGUAUCUACAAGAUCCCGGAUGGCAAGCCCGAGAACCAGUUUGCCUUCUCCGGCGAGUGCAAGAACAAGAAGUACGCCAUGGACAUUGUCCGCGAGUGCGCCGAGGCCUGGGAGCGCCUCAUCACCGGCAAGACUCCCAGGGGCGAGGUCUCUACCGUCAACGUCACAGUCCCGUACUCGCAAGACCGCACCGACGCGAAUCAGUUCAACAUCCCGCCGGGCGAGAACCAGGCUCCUGCGCCGAUCGACCCUAGCAUCGACAAGUGGUUCUUCAUUUCGGGAGCCCCCUCCAAUUAGGAAUCGGACGACUACACGGCGAUACUGGGCUUGGUUAUAGAGUGCGAGAAGGGUAAAAUACACCUUGAAGAAACUGAGAUCUGGUGAUGGAUCGAGUUUUGGGGUGAAAAGCAUGGAGGAUUCGUAGACCACAAACAUUCCAUAGCCUUUGAAAGCUUUCUGGACGCUCAGUACAAUGCCGUGACUCCAGGUGAUGCAACCAGCUGCCGAUAUACACAUAUCU